GAACCCUACUAUUUUCAAACGAAACGGAUUGUCAAAUUGGUUUAGGUGGGAUAACGCACUGGAGAAUAUACAGGAAAGCGCACUAUAUAUAUAUUUCUUUUUUUAGGAACUGGGAAAAAUAUCUCGUUUUAUAAGUUGUGGAGUUGUUUAAGUUAAAUAUUUAGUCGGAUUGACAUCGGGCACCAUGGGGGAUGACAGUGAAUGGAUGAAGUUGCCCAUUGAUCAGAGAUGUGAGCACAAGGUAUGGAAAGCCAGGUUAAAUGGGUAUGAGGAGGCCCUGAAGCUGUUCCAGAGGAUAGAGGAUGAGAAGAGUCCUGAAUGGAGCAAAUAUCUUGGACUGAUAAAGAAGUUUGUGACAGACUCAAAUGCUGUGGCACAAUUGAAGGGCCUGGAAGCUGCAGUCGCUUAUGUUGAAAAUGCUCAUGUUGCUGGAAAGACAACUGGUGAUGUGGUCUCUGGAGUGGUCAGUAAAGUGUUCAAUCAGCCAAAGGCUCGAGCCAAAGAGCUGGGAAUGGAUAUCUGCCUAAUGUACAUAGAGAUAGAGAAGGCAGAUAUGGUCCAGGAGGAGUUGGUCAAAGGGCUGGAUAAUAAAAACCCCAAGAUUGUUGUAGCAUGCAUUGAAACCAUACGGAAAGCACUUUGUGAAUUUGGUUCCAAGAUUGUUACACUCAAGCCAAUUGUGAAGAUAUUGCCAAAAUUGUUUGAGUCUCGAGAAAAGGCUAUUCGUGAUGAGGCCAAAUUGCUAGCAGUGGAGACAUAUAAGUGGAUUCGCGAUGCUAUUCGACCACCCCUUCAGAACAUCAAUUCUGUUCAGUUGAAGGAGUUGGAGGAGGAGUGGGUGAAGCUGCCAGCAACGGCUCCCAAACAGACUCGUUUCCUGCGCUCACAGCAAGAUCUGAAAGCAAAGUUUGAAAUGCAGCAGGCAGCUGGUGGAGAUGAUGUUGAUGGUGAUGAUGAUGAUGAAGGCUGUGCCCCUCAGGUAGACCCGUAUGAGCUUCUGGAAGCUGUGGAAGUUCUUUCUAAACUUCCCAAGGAUUUCUAUGAGAAAAUUGAGGCGAAGAAAUGGCAAGAGCGGAAAGAAGCUUUGGAAGCUGUGGAAGCCUUGGCAAAAAAUCCUAAAUUAGAAAAUGGGGAUUAUGGGGACCUGGUCAGAGCACUUAAAAAGGUUAUUGGCAAGGAUGCUAAUGUGAUGCUGGUGACAUUAGCGGCUAAAUGCCUGGCGGGACUGGCUGCUGGUCUUAGAAAGAAGUUUGGGACAUAUGCAGGCCAUGUGGUGCCAACUAUUUUGGAAAAGUUUAAAGAGAAAAAGCCACAAGUGGUUCAGGCCUUACAAGAGGCUAUCGAUGCAGUCUUCCUAACGACAACUCUUCAGAAUCUCAGUGAAGAUAUACUGGCUGUGAUGGACAACAAGAAUCCCUCCAUUAAACAGCAGGCUUCGCUGUUCUUGGCAAGAAGCUUUUGCCAUUGCACCCCCUCCUCAUUGCCAAAAAGUCUCCUUAAACCAUUUUGUGCAGCGUUUCUGAAGCAAGUGAAUGACUCUGCGCCAGAAGUGAGAGAUGCUGCAUUUGAAGCUCUGGGCACAGCAAUGAAGGUACUGGGAGAGAAGGCAGUUAAUCCAUUCCUGACUGAUCUGGAUAAACUAAAGCUUGACAAGAUAAAAGAAUGUGCUGACAAAAUUGAGCUGGCAGGUGGAAAGAAAGGAGGUGGUGCAGAGAAAGAGAAACCAGCUCCAAAGGCACAGCCCCCACCAGAAGCUCCGGCAAAGCCUUCCGCACCUCCAAAGAAGGCCUCUGUAGCUAAGCCCGCUGGACCACCCAAGAAGGGGAAACCUGUAGCAGCCGUGAAUGGUAAAGGGAAGAAGGCUGUAGAAAGUAAGGACAUGGUAGAGGCGGAACUCUCUGCCGAGGUAUGUGAGGAGAUGUCUGCAGCUGUACUCCCGGCUUCUUGCAUGCAGCUGUUAGACAGUGCUAACUGGAAGGAACGGCUGGCCAGCAUGGAGGAAUUCCAAAAGGCUGUGGAACAGAUGGACAAAAACGAGAUGCCUUGCCAGGCUCUUGUCCGCAUGCUGGCUAAGAAACCAGGCUGGAAGGAGACCAACUUUCAGGUGAUGCAGAUGAAGCUUCACAUUGUGGGCCUUAUCGCACAGAAGGGCACAUUUUCAAAGACUUCUGCCUUCACAGUCUUGGAUGGACUAGUAGAUAAGGUGGGCGAUAUCAAGUGUGGGGGGAAAGCCAAGGAAGCCCUGACUGCCAUUGGGGAGGCCUGCUCUCUUCCCUGGACUGCUGAACAGGUUGUGUCAAUGGCCUUUGCGCAAAAGAAUCCUAAAAACCAAGCAGAAGCACUAAAUUGGCUUGCAAAUGCUAUGAAAGAAUUUGGAUUUGCUGGAAUUAAUGUGAAAGCAUUUAUUAGUAAUGUCAAGACUGCUUUGGCUGCCACCAAUCCUGCUGUGAGAACAGCUGCAAUUGCCCUGCUUGGAGUCAUGUACUUGUACAUGGGCGCCCCUCUGCGUAUGUUCUUUGAGGAUGAAAAGCCAGCUUUGUUAGCCCAAAUUGAUGCCGAAUUUGAGAAGAUGCAGGGACAGUCACCGCCAGCCCCCUUCAGGGGCAACUCAAAGAAGGGAAUCGAGGAUGACAGAGAGGAAGCUGAGGAGCAGGAUGACGAAGGAGGCCAGGAUGUCAUGGACCUCCUUCCCCGGACUGAUAUCAGUGACAAGAUAACAUCUGAAAUGGUUUCAAAAAUUGGAGACAAAAACUGGAAAACCCGAAAGGAAGGGCUGGAAGAACUGGCUGCAGUCAUUUCUGAGGCCAAAUUCAUUCAACCAAAUGUGGGCGAACUUCCUAUGGCGCUGAAGGGCCGUCUGAAUGACUCCAAUAAGAUUUUGGUCCUGCAGACACUAACCAUCCUACAGCAGAUUGCUACGGCGAUGGGCCCGGCCUUAAAGCAGCACGUGAAGAACCUGGGGAUUCCUGUCAUCACAGUGCUCGGGGAUAGCAAGAGCAAUGUGCGUGCUGCUGCCUUGACCACACUGAAUGCUUGGGUGGAGCAGACUGGCAUGAAGGAGUGGCUGGAAGGGGAAGACCUCUCUGAGGAACUCAAGAAAGAGAACCCCUUCCUCCGACAAGAGGUCCUGGCUUGGCUGGCUGAGAAGCUUCCAACCCUGCGCUCCGUGUCUUCAGACCUGAUGAUCUGUGUGCCCAACUUGUAUGCAUGCCUGGAAGAUCGCAAUGGGGAUGUCCGCAAGAAGGCACAGGACGCCCUGCCCACCUUCAUGAUGCACUUGGGCUAUGAGAAGAUGCUCAAAGCAACUGGGAAACUCAAGCCAGCCUCCAAGGAUCAGGUAGUCAGCAUGCUGGAAAAGGCCCGUGCUGUCAUGCCGGCCAAACCAGCUGCCCCUGCCAAAGCUGCGUCUUCGAAGACUCCUGCCUGCCCUCCUGCUGCAAAGCCACUCUCAGCUCCAUCUAAGUCUCAGUCUGUCAGUGAAGAUUCUGGGGUAUUUGAACCCAAAUCUGACACCAAGAAGACCAAGCCUGGUGGAACUGCUGCUAAAGGAAAGAACACUUCCCAGGAGUUGAAUGGGAGCGUGGAUAAAGACGAUAGUUUCAGUAAACCAAACAGACUUUCAAAGGGGAAAUCAAGCAAACAGGUUCUGGGUGGGAAAAAAGCCCCAGCCAAGACCAGUGCUAAAGAUGAAGAUGACAAAUCUGGCCCUAUCUUCAGCAUCAUACCUAAUGGAAAGGAGCAGAGGAUAAAGGAGGAAAAGGGGCUGAAGGUCCUGAAAUGGAACUUUAUGACACCCCGGGAUGAAUAUGUGGAGCAGCUAAAGAAUCAGAUGUCUACUUGUGUGGCAAAGUGGCUACAGGACGAACUCUUCCACUUUGACUUCCAGCGCCAUGUCAAAGCCAUUGGCGCCAUGAUCGAGCAUUUGGAGGAAGAGCGGGAUGCUACCAUCGGCUGCCUGGACCUCAUCCUGAAGUGGUUCACUCUGCGUUUCUUUGACACCAACACCAGUGUGCUGAUGAAGGCCUUGGAGUACCUGAAACUGCUGUUUUCUAUGCUUAGCCGGGAGAAUUACCAUCUCAAUGAGUUUGAGGCGUCCUCUUUUAUCCCCUACCUUAUCGUUAAAGUCGGCGAAUCAAAAGACGUUGUCCGCAAAGACGUACGUGCCAUUCUCACGAUGUUGUGCAAGGUUUACCCUGCCAGUAAAGUCUUUACAUUCCUCAUGGAUGGGACUAAGUCGAAGAACUCAAAACAGAGAGCAGAAUGUUUAGAAGAACUCGGCUGCCUGAUCGAAUCUUAUGGAAUGAAUGUUUGCCAGCCUACACCUGCAAAAUCCCUCAAAGAAAUAGCAGUUCAUAUUGGGGACAGGGACACGUCGGUGCGCAAUGCAGCUCUCAACACCGUUGUAACGGUAUACAAUGUCUGUGGGGACCAGGUCUUCAAACUAAUUGGCAAUCUUUCAGAGAAGGACAUGAGCAUGUUGGAGGAGAGGAUCAAGCGCUCUGCCAAGAAGACUCCAGCUGCUCCUGCUCGCCAACCGGAAGAGAGGGUCCAGAGGGCACCGCCAGGGAAUCCUAAUGCCAGCAUGACGCGAAAGCCAGCCCCAGAUGAAGCACCCAACAAACUGAAAAUUAUGUAUCGCACUUACAGGAUUCAGGCACGUGCCCAGAACGCUCUCGCUGAACAGUCCUCCCCUGCCAUCACAAAAGAGUUCCAGCUGGACCUGGACAUGAUUGAGAAUGACCACACCAGAGUGAGCGAGCUGCCUGACCUAGUGCAGCAUAAGUUGGAUGAGCUGCUUGAGCCUGUCAUGAUCCCAGAGCCCAAGAUUCGUGCGGUGUCUCCUCACUUUGAUGACCUGCGUAAUAGCACUGCUUCUACCAUCAACUUUGUCAUCUCACAAGUGGCUAGUGGGGACAUAAAUACUAGCAUCCAGGCUCUUGCACAGAUUGAUGAAGUGCUGCGGCAAAAAGACAAAGCAGAGGCCAUGUCAGGCCACAUUGAUCAGUUCCUGAUUGCAACCUUUAUGCAGCUACGACUCAUCUACAAUACACACAUGGCUGAUGACCGGCUAGACAAGAAGGAAAUCUUCAAGCUGUACAGCUGCAUAAUAGGCAACAUGCUCUCACUGUUCUCUAUGGAGAGCUUGGCACGAGAGGCCUCUAUGGGCGUGCUGAAGGAUCUGAUGCAUGGACUUAUCACACUGAUGCUGGAUGCCCGGGUAGAGGACAUUGAGGAUGGCCAGCAACUCAUCCGCUCUGUGAACCUGCUAGUAGUCCGGGUUCUCGAGAAGUCUGACCAGACUAAUAUUUUGAGUGCUCUCCUUGUGCUGUUGCAAGACAGUCUUAUUUCUGCAGCCGGCUCUCCAAAGUUCUCUGAACUGGUCAUGAAGUGUUUGUGGAGAAUGAUACGGUUCCUCCCAGAGACCAUUGGCAGCAUCAACUUGGAUCGGAUCCUGCUGGAUGUCCAUAACUUCAUGAAGGUGUUCCCCAAGGAAAAGCUUAAGCAGUUAAAGAGCGACGUACCUCACAGGACCCUCAAAACAUUGCUGCACACGCUCUGUCGGCUUACUGGUGCCAAGAUCCUGGAUCAUUUGUCCAUGAUUGAGAAUAAGAAUGAGUCUGAGCUGGAGUCGCACCUGAGGCGAGUGGUGAAGCACUCAAGCAGCCUCUCUGGCUUCAAGUCCGAUAGAGGAACUGAGAAAGGAACCAUCCGGCCGGAUGAGAAGAUGUCUAAAGCGAAAGUGAGUGAUAUCCUGUCUGAGAUCUUCAAAAAGAUUGGGUCCAAGGAAAACACCAAGGAGGGGCUCACUGAACUUUAUGAGUACAAGCAGAGGUACUCUGAUGCAGACCUUGAACCUUUCCUCCGGAACACGUCCCAGUUUUUCCAGAGCUAUGUGGAGCGAGGCCUGCGUAUAAUUGAAUCUGAGCGCGAGGGCAAGUCCAGAAGCCAGACUUCAAACCCUGUUAUUCCCCCACGUGGCACGGAUAACGUGUCGGAUUCCAGCUCCGUGUCCCUCAAUAGCAAUGGGGAGGAGCUAAAGCCUGCUGUGUACUACGAGAGGUUGAAAAUAUUAAGGCAACGCCAUGGACUGGAGAACAACACAAAGCAACAGCAGCAGGAGGAGGACGACAGGCCCCCGCUAACAUCCUUGCUGUCCAAGCCAUCGGUGGCUUCCUCCACAGACAUGCUGCAUAGCAAGCUGUCCCACCUUAAGGAGUCACGCGAGCAGUACCACCAGGAGCAGUCGCACUCGCACAGCCCCUCACGCUCCUCCACCCCUGCCACCAAUCUCGACGACCUCAAGAAGAGGCUGGAGAGGAUAAAGAGCAACCGCCAGUAGACCUGCUUAGUCGCUAUUUAUCCCAUCCCUUCCACCCAUGUAUAAAACUUCAUUGUAUAAUAUGUGGAUUAUUUGUUAAGUAUCGUGGCACAAUUAUUUGUAUAUAUUCUAGGCCUCUUAACCACUAAAACAUUUGUCAUUCUAGGAUUUUAGUGUACAGUUCUCUGUGCAGAAUUCUGUAUGUAUACUGUAACAUGUCCACUUUCGGUUUUAGUACUAGUCAUAUAAUGUCUUUCUUUGAUCAUUUAGUACUCUUCUGUACUGUUUGUUCGCUUUCCUUUUAUGACGUUCUUAUUAACUUGAAAGCAAUGAUUCUGUUCCAGAAUCAUCGUGCAUGGCAUGAAGUAAAUGUUUUGUAAAUAAAGUUUGCAUUACUAAAAGCAACUUA